AGCACGAUGGAAUAUGCCAUGAGAAAGAAAGAAAAAAGUAUAAAGUAUUGGCCAAGUGUAGGUUCAAGAGGCCACAUAUCAAACGGCAGCGAUUGUUUUCAGUAUCACGCUCGCAAAUGCUCGAUAAACAUCCACUUGUGACCCAUCUUUCUUACAGCAUGGCAUCUCUCAGCCUUCAAUUCCGUACGGCGACUCCAGAGGAUGCGGAGCAGAUUCAGCAACUGGUUCAAUCUGCGUUUCGCACCGAGGAUAGCAGAUCCGACUGGACUGGCGAUGCAGAGCUCGCAUCCAGUUUUCGAAUUGAUGUCGAGGAAGUGGCUUCCAAGAUUGCCAACCCGGAAAAUACUAUCCUGAUGGCUCUGGACAACGACAAUAGCCUGGUCGCAUCCAUCGAGGUCUCUAAGCGCGACGGUAACUGUGGCCGCCUCUCUAUGAUCGCAGUUAGCGACCGUUAUCAGCGCAGUGGUGUUGGGCGACUGGUUCUUGCUUACGCUGAAGCAUACUGCCGACGGGUUUGGGGAGCUGAAAAAUUCUCGCUAAACGCACUUUCGAUACGCAAGGCCCUUAUCGAGUGGUACAUGCGCCAAGGCUAUCAGAAGACGGGCGAGACGUCGCCAUUUCCUCGCGAACGGUUCAUCAGUAUGGCACUACCCGAAGACAUGUGCUUCAUUGAAAUGGAGAAAGAAUUCAACGGAACUGUUGCGACGGCCCAGCAAGCAUAAGCCAAUGAGACCAACUCCUUGAGGUCUUGCUCUCGCCUCAUGUUGCUUACACUCCUGCCCUGAAAUGUCAUUUAUGGGGAGUAUCUCAUACAUUACCAUUCUCUUGAGACAGAUGUAGCAUCAAAACACUGUUCCAGAUACAGGCUACGCCUAGUACUUGUCAAAAAACUUCGGGCCACGGUAGAGAUCAGUUGUAUUUUAUGCAAGGACAUUACUUUGCGUGCUCCAUUUUGAUAUGGCAUCGUCGUCUUUAACUGUUACAGCAUAUGGACAUUUAGCUUAUAUCGAUUGCAAUAGCUCCAUUAGGCUGAGUUGUUCCAUAGCCAUUUUGAGUUCUAUAGCUGAUUUCUGUUAAUUUACUGGCACCUACAUUGUGCAUGUUCUCAGCC